GUGUGCAACUUUUUCGGUGUCAAGUCACCGCUCUGCGCACCUCGACGCAUGCCGGGGGGACGCGAUGGAGGGGCUCCUCUCGUGGCAGCGAGAGAGCGCCCCUAAACAGAAAGCUCACAGAGUCACAAACACCGCUUUACACUACACACCCGCGCGCACACACACAAGACUCAUAUAUGAGACACAGGAGCGGAAACGGGUCGAAUCCUACUUCAAAUUCUCUUUCCUUUCGGCUUGUCGACCGGGGAAAACAAACCGACCCGAGGCACAGCGAAUGGGGAUUUACUAAUUAACUACUUACACACACACACAGGGGGAGAGGAAGAGAGAGAGGGAGAGAGAGAGGGAUGCACACCUCCUGUACACACACACUCCUCCUCCCCCUCCCUCUGCUCUCCUCCCGGGUUCAGGUUGGUAGUAGAGCUGCCUCUCCGGUUGCUGGCUCCGUGCGCCGUCAGAGUGAAUGCGUGUGGAUAGACUGUUCGCGCUUCAGCCGGUGAGAACGCCACUUCCUGACAAUACAAGUGGAGAUUAUUGGCUUUCUUUAAUUCAUCAAGACAGUCGACCUGUGGGGGCUCUCACCUCUCCUCAUCUCUAUCUCAUUCGGAAAAGAAACUUCUGACAGUGACGCCUUCGUGCUGUGUUACAGCGGCACUUCCCCCCUCCUUGCCUCUUCCCUCCUGGGAACAAGCGCAGCGGCGGAAGUAACUCCAAGUCCAGUCCGAGAGACGGUGACCGGGCUUCGGCCUCAGGUGCUUUUCUGAGGCGGAGCGACGCGGAAGUCCAGGUGUCGUGGAGGCAUGGACUGUAACUGCGUCAGUGAUCUGCUGCUCCCCCCUGUGCCUGCCCUCUGGACGCCAGGGUUCGCCUUCCCAGACUGGGCCUACAAGCCGGAGUCGAGCCCCGGCUCCAGGCAGAUCCAGCUGUGGCACUUCAUCCUGGAGCUGCUGCAGAAGGAGGAGUAUCAGGGGGUGAUCGCCUGGCAGGGGGACUACGGCGAGUUCGUCAUCAAGGAUCCCGACGAAGUGGCCCGGCUCUGGGGGAUAAGGAAAUGCAAGCCUCACAUGAACUACGACAAGCUGAGCAGGGCGCUGAGGUAUUACUACAACAAGCGGAUUUUGCACAAAACCAAAGGGAAGCGUUUCACCUACAAGUUCAACUUCAGUAAGGUUGUUUUGGUGAACUACCCCAUCCUGGACAUGGCCAACUCUCCCUUCUUCCUGGCCCAGAACCACUUCAACGGGAGCUCCACCACACCUGAGUGCACCCCAGAGACCAUACAGUCCCUGUUUCCUCGUUUGCCAGACACCGGCAGAGGAGCAUCCCUGUUCGAUCGAGGGACUGCAGCACCGGGAGCCGAAGGAGACAAACUGAGGCUGGACGCGUUCCCUUUCCUCAGUUCAGGUGCCCCGUGCUACUCCAAACCCCCGUCCCUGCUGGGCCCGUACCCUCGCAACCCACCCUUUGACUACCCUUGGGGCUUCAACCCCUACCUCCCAGGGGCCUUCUCUCUCAAUAACUGCCCCAAACUGCCCCCUGGCUCCCUCUACCCCUCCCAGUUUUACCCUAACCCUUUGCAGAGCAGCCUCUCCCAGCUGCCUCACCCCUUCUCCUCCCUGCUCCCACCGGCGGAGCCAGGCGAAAGGGGGGCAGCGGGGCAAACCGGCGGGACAAACGGCACCGCGGGUGUUCAGCCGGCCAGACUCUGCCUGCCGCCGUACCCGGGCGGCCUGACGCUGGGUCGGACAGACAUCGGCACCGGGGCGACCGCCCUGGUGGAAAGGGAGAGGGUGGAGGCCAACCCUCCGAGCACGGGGCUCAGCCUGGGGCUCGGAGCCGUCAGCCUAGGGGCCGGGAACGGGACAGGCCGGCAGAGCCCCACGGAGAGGAGAGGAGGGGUGAAGCAGGACCCGGAGUCAGACUCAGACCUGGAGAUAACGGAUCUGAGCGACUGCAGCUCGGAGAACGAGAACGAGCACGAGUUCGGCGUCGGGAAGGAAGCCGGCCUGGCGAACCGCUCGCAGCUCGUGCUGGACGGGAAAAAAGGAGGCGCGCUGCCACCCAUCUCCGCUCUGCCCCCGCCAGUGUCCCCGCAUCCUCUGAAGAGCCUGAUGCCCAUCACUCCUCCUCCCCCGUCCCUGCCUCCGUCGCUUUCCCCUUCCAUGGCUCUGCAUGAAAGACACAGGGAGACAGAGACUCUUAAAAUGAUACACAGCUAAGACAUUUUCGGGCGCGUCCACCAUCUCCGCAGUCUACGCUCUGAUGACUCUUUUCUUCUCUCCUUUCAUCUCCCCGAGGCACUUUUUUUGGCCUUAAAUGAUCAAAUCUUUAAUCACACUUGACACAUACUUUUCCCAGGGAAGGCAGUUUCAUUCUUUACUUUUGAAACUACUGUUUCCCUGUUUGCUGUGUAAGUUUUCAACUCGCCAACAGUUCACUUCACUUCCGACUCGCGUCCAUCGCAGAAUACACUUUUUUGGCUGUCCACAUCCCCACGUUGCCCUCUCUGUUUUGAUAUCUCACACUAACCGUCCGCUCCACGGGUUGUAGACUGGUUGUACUCAUUGCAAGCAGCGCUCCACAAUUUGCUGUCCACAGCUGAGCUAUGAAAGAAAGCAGCCAGGUGGUAAAUUACAACACAACAAUGGCUGCCUUGACAAACAUUAACAAACAACAUCCCUGUGCUAACAGAACAGAGCAACAAAUAAUGCUCAGAUCGAUCCAAUUUUUACAGAUUUAUCCUGUAAUUCUUGAGGUUUAGACUACAUAUAUAUAUAUAAUCACUAUGACUUCUGAGACCUAGUCAAAUACUGCCACCUAGUGGUCAUUUCAGUCGCCGCCUCCUUCAAAAGACUCGUCUCAUCACUGCAGCUCUGUGAGCGACAUUCUAGCCUUAAAGUUUAUUUUACAUUUUCUUCUUUUAUAUGUCAUCCCUCGUGGGUUAAUUUCACUUCUAAAAGUGCAUAUUUUUAAUAGUGUUAACCGUGAUAGUCUGUGAAUAUUUUCUUUGUCCUGUGGUUUCCUGCACAUUUUCUAACAGGAAAGAAAAAGAGAGCAGAGGGAGCUGGACCAAUCUAUAAUUUGUAUGACUAUUUCUGUGUAUAUAUUUUAAUAUGGUGUACAUGACAUUUAAUUAUUAUUCACUAUGAUAAGAUUUAGCUGUAUUGUUGUGAUUUAAUUCAAUAUUUAAACAUGUUGGAAAAAUUAUACGCUUAGGUGUUUCAAAAUUUAAAUUAUUAACGGCAGAAGAUCUGCGCUCUGAAGAUGUUUUUCUACGAUGAGGACAGAGUUCACUCUGGGAAUUGUCUCUGACAUCCUCAGCCCCAGUUAAUUGUGCCCUUUGGUCAUUUUUUGCCAGAUGCCCAGUGUAAAAACCCUUUGGGUUCAAAAACAUGCCGCUAGACUUAUUUUUCUAGUUAGCAUUCACUCAGUGUAACUGUACUGUAAUUAGUCAAAUGUGAACAAUAUUGGUCUUUGCAUUUUCUCUUUUAAAUCCUCUCCCCCAAAUCUGUUUUGAUUAUUUUUCAAUCAAUGCUUUUUGUCCAUGCCAGCAGCGGGGCAGUUUGAUUUGCUUGAGGACAUUAAACAGUGGAGGGGGGGAAAAAAAAUAUGUUUAUCUUUGGUCUGCCCAGAUCCAAUGUCCAACAUCCUUUCUACAGUUUCUCAGCACAGAGUGAACACAAAUUGUACAGUUUCAUAGCCUUUAUAGCCUAUGGUUUGUCGAACAGUGGCGGUAUAACGAUUAGUUGUGAAAGCUCUAUUGUAAAGUUAAUGUGAAGCUCUAUGUUUGUUGAGAAAGGCCUCCGGUCACAUCCACGAGGAGUACACUAACUCACAGCUGUAAAUACUGUUUCCUUUGUGUGUGUAUGUGUGUGUACACAUCCAAAAAUGACAAUACAGUGGUUUUACCUGUCACCUUUCUUUGUUUUACUGUAAAGAGGAAAAAUGGAAAGUGCAAAAAGAAGAAAAAGAUUAAUAUCUUCAAAAGCAAUAAAUAUUAUUCUGGAUAGCCGA